AUGUAUCGAGAACUAAAACUUACUGAAAACUUUUCUUUGUAUUAAUGUUAGAUUAUAGAAUAUGUCAUUGAUAAAUACAUUACUUAAAUCAGGGGCAUGUGUUCAUGGCCUUGAGUCAACAAGACAAGCGCUACCCGUCUUUGACUUAGUUCGGUGGAGAAAACCGAGGUGGGUUCCACGUGCAAAAAGUAAGGAGUUCGUUCUCUCAAAGCGACCAGAGCAGGACCCUCAGGAGAUGGAAUGGCUGAAAACGGAGGAGAAUCAUUAUAGAACACAGAUGAAGGCGAUCUGGCAACUCAUAAAACUUGUACCAGAUCAGAGUUUACCAAAUCCAAUCAAGGUCAAAGCUGACAAGUAUAAGAUUGCUGAAGCCAGCUGGCAGGACAUGCAAGAGAGAAUGAAGGUCUGGAACAGUCGAGUAGCAGUUCUAAGGGAAGAAGCUGAAGCAAAGAAAUAUCAGGAGAAACAGGGAAGGUUACUGGGGAUGUUAGGACAAGAACAAGUGAUCAGUGAACAGUUCACAGAGGAAACCAUAAAACGACUGAACAGAGAAAAGGAAGUGGGUUUCCUUACCCCAGACAAUGUAGAACAGAGAUUGUUAGAGAGCCUGGAGACGUCAGCAGAUUACGACUUUGCCAUCGAUAGGGAUGGUGUCCGAGUGGUGGAUGUCCAAAAAACAGAAACAAAGAAACCAAAAGAAGGAGAGAAGACAGACUGACACACAGACCAAAAUGUUCAUACACACACAUACAAAGUGUCUUUACACAGGACGGUUGUUUAAGGGAUAAGAGGACUGUGCAUUUUCUUCCCUUAUAUGCCAUGAAUACCUGUUAGUGAUAUUUAUUGCUGGUCAGUGUCGUAAGCUACAAUGCUGACAGAUCUCAUAUGUAUAUUGUACAUACCUUAUGUGAUUUUUUAAAAUUUUCCUACCAAUUUUAUGUUUUUACUGUUUGCCGUAUUAAAUAUAACAAAUUAUUGAAUUAUUAGUUUGCUAAACUUGCAAAAAUCAUAAGAAUAGACAUUUAAAAAAGGGGUCUCAAAGUUGACAUUUAUAUAACGAAAUUGCAUUUGGUAGUGAAAUAGAAAAUUUGAUUGUUAAUUUUCCAACAAUGGUAUUAUUCAUAAAAUAUUUUUCAAAAAUUCAAAACUUUGUCCAAAGGGAACAUGCAAGACUUUAGGGUUCAUUUGUUUGUUAACCUGCCUUACAUGAUGUACAUCGAAAAUGUUAUAGAUUUUUUAAAAAAGAUGUUUGAAAUUCAAUAAUUCAGGAUCUUUGAAAUUUUUUGGUAAACCUUUUGAAAGCAUUGGCAAAUUAUAUCUGUAAUGGUGCCAAAUUAUAUCUGUAAUGAUUCCAAAUUUUAAUCAGGGUGCCCCUACUCUAAGAUGAAGCUUCUGAAAGCUGUUAUGAUCUUGUAUUAGAUUCGAUUACCAGCACAAUUAACUCUAUGAAACGUAUGAAAAGACCAACAAAUAAUAUCAAAUGAAAAAUUUUUAGGAGAGUGCAUUAGGAGCAUCAGAGAAUUAAUAUUCAAAACAGCCCUUUUAAUGUUUUGUUUGAUUGUAACUUCUAUAAAUAUUGCAUGAAGGAUGUUGCACUGUGGAAAGAAUUGAGAGAGGUAACUUGUUUACAAAGCAUAAAGAAUGCCCCCUUUCCCCACUUCAUAUUUAUGUAUUUAUGUAGUAAUAUUCUGCUAUCACCUGCAUAUGGUGUUUACAUCUCCCAACUUAUUCGAUACUCGAGCAUGCUCCAAGUACGAUCAAUUAGGCUACUGACAGAUAAGUUAAUGUUACAGUAAUUUCAACAACCUCGUUUAAAGUCGGCAUUUCUUAAAUUCUAUGGUUGUUAUAAUGACCUUGUUAGCAAAUAUAACCUAUCAUUGGGUUGAAUUUUGGCUGACUUGUUUCAUACCAAUUGUUAUGCCUUUGUUUUUAUACUGAAAUUGACUACGGAAUGUUCCAUCUACCUGAUCAAUACAUAGGGUCACGGCGGAUGUAAGCAGUCAACAAGGGAUGCUUACUCCUCCUAGGCACCUGAUCCCACCUCUGGAAUUUCCAGGGGUCCGUAUUUUAUGCCCUCUUCACAGAAUUGUAUUGUUUAUAGAUUUUUUUGAGAUUGAUCACUGUUCGUUAUCUUCACCUUUUUCAUUAGUUUAUCUGAUCAAUACGAGGGUUCACACUGAGUGUCACAGGUCAACAGGGGAUGAGUACUCCUCAUUUGGCACCUGAUCCCACACCUGGCAUCUCCAGGAAUCCAUGUUUUUGAAUUGUUCACAUUUCCUAUAAAAAGGAUUCAUGAGAGAUCAAUAACUGAUCACCAUCUUCACCUUUUUUGUCAGAUAUAUCAACGCUGUUUUAUCAGUUGAUUAAUAAAAGUUAAAAUGUGCUUUCA